GAAAGCAGGUGGUUGUGUCUUUAUAAUUUUCGGGGGCCAACUGGAUAAACAGGUAUCAGUGUGUCUGUCUGAGUCCAUUGUCCCACAAAGAUGGAUUUCCAGCACAGAGCUGGUGGUAAGACGGGUAGCGGUGGGGUGGCAUCUGCCUCUGAGAGUAACCGUGAUAGGCGAGAACGGUUACGUCAGCUUGCUCUUGAGACCAUUGACAUUAACAAGGACCCAUACUUUAUGAAGAACCACUUAGGAUCAUAUGAGUGCAAACUUUGUCUGACACUUCAUAAUAAUGAGGGCAGCUACCUGGCUCAUACUCAAGGAAAGAAACAUCAAACCAAUUUAGCACGGAGAGCAGCCAAAGAGGCAAAAGAAGCUCCAGCUCAGCCAGCUCCAGAGAAAGUGAAGGUUGAAGUGAAGAAGUUUGUCAAAAUUGGUCGACCAGGAUACAAAGUUACCAAACAGAGGGACCCAGAGACUGGACAACAAUCUCUACUUUUCCAGAUUGAUUACCCAGAGGUUGCUGAAGGAAUUGGGCCCAGGCAUCGUUUCAUGUCUGCUUAUGAACAGCGCAUUGAGCCCCCUGAUCGACGCUGGCAGUAUUUGCUUUUGGCUGCUGAGCCAUAUGAGACGAUUGCCUUCAAGGUCCCGAGUAGAGAAAUUGAUAAAGCAGAGAACCGUUUCUGGACACACUGGAACAGGGAAACUAAGCAGUUCUUCCUGCAGUUUCAUUUCAAACUGGAGAAAGCCAUUUCUCAGGCCACUGGACCAGUCCCUCCAGCAGGUGUGAAACGCGCCCCUCCUCUUACGAGUGGUGUCACAACUCAUGAGAAUAUGCCCCCUCCCCCACCUGGAGGAAUGUCUGUCCCUCCUCUUCCUCCUGGUGCCCCAGGUACCGCACAGAUACCCAGUCAGAUGGCCCUGCCCCCAAUGCCAAUGAGGCCACCGCCUCCCGAAGGCAUUGUUGUAUCCAAUAACUGACCCCCUCCCCUACAUUUUUACAAAUGUUAAAAGGUUCAUGUUUAGUAGGUUUUAGACAUUUUUUUUGCCUUUUUUUUUUUUUUUUAAAUCUUCAGGGAAGUCUUGAAUUGGAACAGCAUAAAUGUAACCACAUGGUUUUGUAUGAAUGUUUCAUUAAUAACAGUUGGUUUUGGUCAGAAAUAGACCAGCUAUUAAAAUUCUGGUUUUGCAAUUAAAUGAUAUGGAGAGAAA